AUGUUUAUGGUCACCAAAUCUUUGAAAAAAUGUCUAAAUUUUCAAAUAUUUGCGGAUAAAGAUUUUGUUUCACUUUUUAUGGGAGUAAAUCUUCGGCAAAAUAUCCUCAAAGAUUUUGAAAUGGGGCAAAAGUCGCUCGGUUGACAAAAUGUUUGACAAACAUUUUGAAAUGGGGCAGGUCGCGAAAAUGUUUGGGCGGCGGAAAAGGCAAGUAGCGCCGCGUUUUCGGCACAUACGCCGCCAACACACACAAACACCCCCAACAACACAAGAACACACGAACACAUCUACACACACACUCACGAGAAGGCCGCGCCGACGAGAAGGCCACGCCCAACAUGGACGAGGAGUCCAUAAUGGCCGGGGCUGCUGCCGCAGCAUCGAGUUUGCAGAACAUUAUGCACACGUUCGACUCCGAUGGUGAGCAUGAUGACCAAGAACCGGGUGGUUUGUUCGGCGAUCUGCGGGUGGAGGAGGAGGAGGAGGAGCAGCGCGAGAAGCACAUCCGGCGCUCCUACCCUCGCCCGGAAUACUGGCGGUCAACCUGGGGGAAGUGGGUACUGAAGCUGCGAGAGCUGAAUGCUGCGGAGGAGGGGCUGGACCCGGAAUGUCGAGAAGCUGUGCAGUUUGCCGGCACCUUCCGCAUCCCUUUCGUGUUGUUCGAGAGCAUCAUGCAGACGGUCACCUCCAUCUUCCAGUCUUCAGCCAGAGACGUCGCGGGCAGGGAUUGCCCACCCGUGGAACUCAAGGUGAUGGGUACUUUGAAGGUGUUGGCGUCGGGAUGCUGCUUCCAGGACGUCGCUUCCUUCUCUCUGAUGAGCCGCACGACCGCAGAGACUUCUUUCCACCAUUUCUGCGAGAAGUUUUCCGAGGGCCUCUGGGACACUUGGGUGAAACUCCCGGGCGGGGAUGAAUUCAAGAAGGUCGAGGAGAUCUACCGCAAGUGUGGUUACCCGGGGGCGAGGUGAUCUACGGACUGCACCCACUUCUGUUGGCCGGGCUGCCCGUUCUCCGUUAAGAACACCCACACCGGCAAGGAGAGCUACACGUCGCUGGUGGUGGAGUGCACGUGCGACCAUUCUGGCCGCAUCAUCGCGGCAACCAAGACUUACCCGGGAGCCGAGAACGACAAGACGGUCAUCGCACGGGACAAGUCCAUCUGGCGAAUACGAGAUGAGGAGCCGUGGAAGAGCUAUGAUACAAGUUCAAGCUCUACAACGCCGACGGCACAGAGACGGAGUACAC